AGUGAUCUGUCAUUGAAAUUGUCAAGCAUGUUUAUGUUGUGUUCAGUCAAAAAAUAACCACAAAUAAAUUCGUGUUCAUUGACGCUUUUCCACCAUUUCAAUCAUUUCCAUUCGUUUAAUUGUGGGGAAUUUCAAGAAAUCAUGGCGAAUAUACUGAUAAGUGAUGCUGAGAAAACAUUUAUUUUACACGGUGUCGAAGAUAAUUUGCGUUGUGACGGUCGAACUCGUUGCGAUUACCGGCCCAUGGAAAUUGAAACGGGAAUAGUCACACAUGCAAACGGAUCAUGCCGAUUGAGGUUGGCCAAUACAGAUGUUUUGGUAGCGGUUAAAUCUGAAAUUGACAUUCCACCGCUGGAAAAUCCAGACGAAGGCAAAAUCACCUUUUUUGUCGAUUGUUCGGCAAAUGCAGCACCGGAAUUCGAAGGCCGUGGUGGCGAAGAGUUGGCUAUGGAAUUUUCAAAUACACUCGAAGGUGCAUAUCGCUCAAGACAGGCAUUCAAUUUGAAAAAUCUAUGCAUUUUGCCACAACAACGCUGCUGGAAACUUUAUGUUGAUGUUUUGAUUUUAGAAUGCGGUGGCAAUUUGUACGAUGCCGUGUCGUUGGCCGUGAAGGGUGCUUUGUUCAAUACACGAUUGCCAAAGGUUACCGCAGCCCUAAUGGACGGUGGUAAUGUUGAUUUGGCACUGUCCGAAGAUCCAUACGACUGUGUGCGAUUGCAAACGGAAUCGAUUCCAAUUUUGGUGACAAUUUGCAAGAUUGGCGAACACUGCGUUGUCGAUCCAUCGGCCGAAGAGGAAGUUUGCAGUUCCGCUAGUUUGGUUGUUGGCGUUUCAGUGCGAGAAGAGAAUGCUUAUAUCACAAACAUUCGAACGAGUGGAGCCGGUUCAUUUCACAUGGAAACACUGAAUAAAUGUCUUGAGCUUGGAAAAUCGGCUGGUCAAUGUUUGGAUCGCGUACUUUUGCGGGUGCUUCGUGAAGAGGAACAAAAAAUUGGAAAUCGUUUGAUUGGACAAACAGAAAUUUUUGGCUUCCUGAGAUAAAAAUGCCAUAGUUUAAAAAAAAACACACACAAAUUUUACAAUUUAAUAAAAGCAAAACUAUUUUUAAACAGGAA